CGGCUUCCGGCCGGGCUUUUUAGAACGGUGCACCGACCGGGGCCGGCGGACCAUGAGAAGGCCGGAGCCAGGCCCAGAGGCGAGCAUGGAGGGAGAUGUGCUGGACACGCUUGAAGCCCUGGGGUACAGUGGUCCUCUCUUAGAAGAAGAAGCACUUAUCAAAGCAGUAGAAAGUGGCCUGUCCUCAUCUGAAUUUUCAGACCUCUGCUUUUGGUUAGGAUCUCAGAUAAAACCAUUAUGUGACUUAGAAGAAAGUAUCUCUUCAACUGCCGGAAGUGAAGAUAUAGAAAGCUUCCAACUUGAGAUAAGUGGUUUUCUAAAAGAAUUGUCCUGUCCCUAUUCAACACUCAUCUCAGGAGACAUUAAAGAUCGUUUAAAAAAGAAAGAUGAUUGUUUGAAACUUUUAUUGUUUUUAAGUACAGAACUUCAAGCUUUACGGAUUUUGCAGAAGAAACAGCUCAAAGGUUCUCAAUUGGACAAAAACAAUGAAAUUUACCAGGAAGUGCAAGCCAUCUGUGAUACUCUGUGCUUACCAAAAUCAACCACUUCUGACAUUCCUGUUGUGCUAAGCCAUGUGGAAUCAAAGAUGAAGGAUAUUCUCUCAAAAGUUCAAAAUAACCACAUUGGAAAGCCAUUGCUGAAAAAGGAUUUAAGUCCAGAACAGGCGGAACAAUUGGAAAGGAUCAAUGAUGCUCUCUGUUGUGAAUAUGAAUGCCGGCGACGGAUGUUAAUGAAACGAUUAGAUGUUACAGUGCAGUCCUUUGGAUGGUCUGAUAGAGCAAAGGUAAAAACUGAUGAUAUAGCAAGAAUAUACCAGCCUAAGCGUUACGCAUUGUCACCAAAAACAACAGUAACAUUGGCCCAUCUUCUUGCUGCUCGUGAAGAUCUAUCCAAGAUUAUAAGAACAAGCAGUGGUUCUACUCGGGAAAAGACUACAUGCGCUAUCAAUAAGGUGUUGAUGGGAAGAGUUCCAGACAGAGGAGGAAGGCCAACUGAAAUUGAACCACCGCCUCCUGAAAUGCCUCCUUGGCAGAAGAGACAAGAAGGCGGAGGGAGGGGUGGUUGGGGAGGAGGCGGAAGAGGAGGUGGGGGUGGCGGUGGCCGAGGUGGUUGGGGAGGAGGUGGAGGUGGAAGAGGAGGUGGGGGUGGAGGGGGCUGGGGAGCCAGUGGGGGUGGUGGAGGAGGAGGAGGUGGGAGUUGGGGAGGUGGUGGGGGUGGUGGUAGAGGUGGGAGUUUUCAAGGAAGGGGAGAUUAUGGUGGGAGAGGAGAUUAUGGUGGAAGAGGAGGUUAUGGUGGGAGAGGGGGUUAUGGUGGGAGAGGGGGUUAUGGAGAUCCAUAUGGAGGAGGAGGAGGGGGUGGUGGGGGUGGAUAUAGACGAUAUUAAAAAUUCCAUUGUAGACAAAUUAGAUGAUGCCUGUUUUGUAGUAGAAGGAUGUGUACGGUACUUUUAGGCAUAGUAUUUUAAAUAACAGAUUUGAAUAUGCUCUUUCAAGUAUAUACCCUUUAGACCACCUAAUACCAUCACUAUUGAACCUGGUUAAUACAUAAGAGCAUUUUUUUUUAUAUUGGAUUUUGAUCUCUUAAGGGAAGUGGUCCCAAUGUUCCUUAUAUCCUUGAGCAUGUUGGAGCUUUUUUCAAAAAAAAAAAAA